AUCAACGAGAGCAACGAGAGAGGGGAGACGGCCCUGAUGGUGGCCUGCAUAACCAAGCACAUCGACCAGCAAAGCAUCAGCAAGCCCAAGAUGGUGAAGUACCUGCUGGACAACAGAGCUGAUCCCAACAUCCAAGACAAGUCCGGGAAAACAGCCCUGAUGCACGCCUGCAUCCGCGGCGCUGGUGGGGAUGUGGUGUCCCUGCUGCUGGAGAAUGGCGCAGACCCCAGCCUGGAGGACCACUCCGGGGCAUCAGCGCUGGUCCACGCCAUCAAUGCCAAUGACAAGGAUGUGCUGCAACACCUCCUGAAUGCCUGCAAAGCCAAAGGGAAGGAGGUGAUCAUCAUCACCAUGGACAAAUCUGCCUCUGGCACCAAUACGGCCAAGCAGUACCUGAAUAUGCCACCCUCACUGGAGUUCAAGGAGAGAGGCCCCCCUGAGGCACGCACAGGGCGGGGCCCAGAGCCAUGGGGUCUGGUGGCACCCUCAGUGCUAGCAGCCUCCACAUACCAGGAUGACACACGGGUGGGUGCAGACGAGGAGGUGAUCACGGGCAUUGGUGACCUCUCACUCUCCAAAAAGGCUUCUCUUGCCCGUGGCAGCAGCUGGAGCAAGGACCCAUCUCUCUUGCCACCGGUGGAUGAGCCGGCUCCAAGGGCACCGCUGAGGAAGGCAGCCUUCGAG